AUGUUCAAGCUCCUAACAUCCUGCUGGCCUGGACUAAAUACUGAAGAGACACGAAGGAAUGUGACUAUCAUCAUUAUCGGUCUGGAGAAUUCAGGAAAAACUGUUUUUAUGGAAGCCUUCCACAGACUACUUCCUAGCAAGACAGACAGUUGUAUGAAAUCGAAACUGACUACAGUCCUGCUAGAUGACUAUGAAGUUUCCAUCUAUGACCUGAAUGGAGAUAUGAAGGGACGAGAAAUCUGGCCCAACUACUACGCACAGGCACAUGGGCUUGUUUUUGUCCUGGAUUCCAGCGACUUGGGACGCAUGCAGGAAGUGAAGACCACCUUAUCACAUCUGCUGUCUGAUGCGAGAGUGGCAGGAAAACCCAUUCUAUUAUUGGCAAAUAAACAAGACAAGAAGAAUGCCCUCUUACCUUGUGAUAUUAUUAAAUAUCUAUUCCUGGAAAGGAUAGUGAAUGACGACAAGUUCAUGUGCCGAUUGGAACCCUAUUCAGCUAUCCAAAACCUCCAAAGAAGCAACCAUAAGCCCCUAAUUGAUGGGCUGCGCUGGCUGUUAACUGCCAUUCAGAAUAAACAGGAAGAACUGUGUGCUCGCCAACAGUCACUCACCUCGAGCAUCCCAACCUCCACGGACACCACAGGCAUCAAGGAAGAAUGUGCACCAAUCAGCUUCCCAACCAACAUAGAAAUGCCAGAAGAAAAAGAAGAACUUCUAGGACAACAUUCAAUGGAAGCUAGGCCCCUAAAGCCAAUUCUACAGAAAGACGACUUCAGAUUAAGACCUAAAAAGAAUGUAUCAGUGACAUUCGCUUUAGAUGAACCCAUGGAGGAAGGUGAAUGUUUUGAUGUAAAUGGAGCUCAAAACAGUACUGACCUUCACUACAACCAGAGAGCUGACUUUCAGACCCCAGCAACUUAUACUAACGAUGAUGAUGAGUAUGACGACUACGAUGAUGAUGAUGAUCUUUUUGAAGGUAAUGCUGGAUCAGUGGUUAGUCUGAGAAGAAAAAAUACAAGAACCCAGCCCAAAAAAGAGAAUGGCUACUUGGCCUGCAGAAGAGAUGAUGCUGGAAGAUGCCUAUGA